AUGAACAACCACGGGAGUUUCAUGCGUAACCAUGAACAUGAAAGAUGGUGUAUGUCCUCUGGUCUUUUAAGUCCAAACAAUUUUUCUGCAAUGGGUCACUUAGCUCAGCCGGCGAACACACAUAGAAACUCGUGCACGGGGUCAUUCAUCCAUGAUGGUAGAAUGUACAAGUAUGUCGCACCAAAACUGUCAGAUGCGGGAAGAUUCGCUGGCUCCAUUGACCCUCCUGCCAACCUAUACAACAACAUACCCAAUGAAACAACUUUAGAUGAAUUUCCUUCGUAUAGUUUUGGCGAUUCCUAUGCUGGCCGCAUGCGUGGUAAGCUGGUGGAGACAAACAAAGGCAAGUUUCCAGACCCUUCAUACAAUUCUGCAACACAUGCGACGUUGACUGGUGUUCUUCAUAGAGGUAUAAUAUCUCCCAUCUCAUCAAAUGUGAAUGUAGAGGUGCAAAAUGAAAUGGCAACGGUCAUAAGAAAUGCUACAUCUAUGGCAGGCUUCAAUGAGCAGAUUGUUCCAAAAAAUGCACCUAGCAACCAAAGCUUCGUAGGGAUGUUGAAUGCCUGCGGCAGUCGUCCAGUGUCAUCAUCUGAGAUGGUUAAGGGAGGGAGCAGCAGUAUAUCAGUAGAUGGCUUGAGUGAGCGGAUGGCACCAUUCAACAUAGCAAAAAACACAAGCUCAGUCGGAAUGAUGUUGAAUGAAAACACCGCACCUGGUAAUGGUAGAAUCUCAAUGACACAUACAGAUAUGGUUAAUAGUGGAAGAACUAUUUCUACACUUUCCAACCAUCAGACAGAAAAUGUUGUCGCAAUAACUGACAAGCUUGAUGGCGGGGAUGCAGUUAGCAAUCACCCUAUGCAAGUGGGUACUAUUGGUCAGCAUGCACUUAAUGAUCAAUUUAAUGACAUCAAUGACUUCUCAUGGGAUGAUUUUUUUCUCAACCCGCUGGAUGCAGAUUUCACUAUCGAGGAUGAUUUCAUGGGUGGAGAAGAAUAG